CACACAGUUACUGCGUUUACGCAACAGCUACUCGGUGCACAGCUCUUCUUCUCUCUGCAGAAUAGUUUGUCCAACGAAACCGACAAAAAAACAUCAUGUUGAGAAUCGCAGCUGGUCGACUGACCUCGAGCCUUCGUCAGGCUGUGCAGCCAAGACAGGCUACCGGUGCCGUCGCACUCGUGCAAGCUCGGGCAUCCCACGGCCACCACGAGACCGAUGAAGAGUUCGACGACAGAUAUGAAAAAUUCUUCAACAGACCCGACAUAGAUCAUUGGGAAAUCCGAAAGGCCAUGAAUGAUCUUGCUGGUAUGGAUCUUGUACCCGAACCAAAGAUCAUCUGUGCUGCACUCAAAGCCUGCAGGCGACUCAACGAUUAUGCUUUGACUACAAGAUUUUUAGAAUCAGUCAAAGAUAAAUGUGGUCCAGAAGUAGACAAAAUUUAUCCAUAUAUUUUGCAAGAAAUUAGACCAACAUUGGAUGAGCUUGGCAUCAGCACACCUGAAGAAUUAGGAUAUGAUCAACCAGAAUUAUGGUUAGAAUCCCCAGAAAAUAUACAUUAAAUUAAUAAGGUCAGUUUCUGAAAAAGAACUAGUCUAAAUUAUAGAAACAAGCCUUACAUUUCAAAACUAGUUUAAAAAACUGCUUAUUUAAAAUGUACAUUACACUUGUUAUCAAUGAUAAUAAUAAAUAAAUAAAUUUUGUUCUUAAAUAA